CCAGGAGAUCCACAAAGGGGGCAACAACUCUGACGCAGACAGCCCAGGGGAACCAGAUCCGGAGAGACCGUUCCCCUGCUCUGUGUGUGGUAAGAGGUUCACCGCAGCCUUCAGGCUUAAGGCGCACAUGAAGAUCCACAGCGGAGAGAAACCCCACCAGUGCUCCGUCUGUGGCAAGGCCUUCCUUCGACCCUACGACCUUAAAAGACACCUGGUGACCCAUAAAGGAGAGGGCACCAGCUCUGACCCUGACAGUCCAGGGGAUCCUGACCAGGAGCUGAAGCCAUAUUUCUGCUCCCAGUGCGGUAAGAGGUUCACUGCAGCCAGCAGCCUGAAGACACACACAAUGACGCACAGUGGAAAGAAACCCCACCAGUGCUCCGUCUGUGGGAAGUGUUUCCUGCGAUACCAGGACCUGAAGAGACACCAGGUGAUCCACAAAGGAGAGGGCGCCAGCACAGAAAAACCCCACCAGUGCUCUGUCUGUGAGGAGAGUUUCUUGAAGCUCGACGACUUGAACAUUCAUGUGACGAUCCACACAGGAGAGAAGACCAAGCACAUCUGCCAACCAUGUGGGAAGACCUUCACUCUGCUGCAGGACCUAAAGACUCACCAGCGCACCCAUACAGGAGAGAAACCGUACCACUGCUCCAAGUGCCCAGAGAGCUUUGGCAACCUGUUGGAGUACAGGGAGCACAAGCAGACACACAAUAACAAGAAACCGUACCUUUGUGACCAAUGCGGCCAGACGUUCACCCACUUCUACACCCUCAAGACCCACCGGUCAAUCCACACAGGGGAGAACCUCCUCCACUGCUCCUACUGUGGGAGGGGCUUCACUCAGAAAACGUCCUUGGCGACCCACAUACUGAUCCACACCAAGGAAAAACCGCACCAGUGCUCUGUGUGUGGCCAACGUUUUGCCAGAAGCGAAAGCCUGAAGAAACACAAGAGGAUACACAUGGCAGAGGUCCGCCAUCACAUGUGCGAGUGCGGGAAGAGUUUCCCGGACAUGAAAAGGUUGGAGGUGCACGCGAGAAUGCACUACAAGAGCCUGGAAAAGAAGUACUGCUGCUCGUACUGCGGGAGGAUGUUCCUACGGGACGGGGAUCUAAAGAGUCACCAGAGAACACACACCGGAGAGAAACCCUUUGUCUGCGCCAUAUGCGGGAAGAGUUUCGCCCAAUCGGGGAACUUGAGAGUGCAUCAGAUCAAGCACACCAAAGAGAGACCGUACCCUUGUACUGUCUGUGAUAAGGGGUUCACCACCUCGGGGAGUCUGAAGGUGCACAUGAGGAGGUUUCAUACAGGGGAGAAGCCGUACAUCUGUAGCCUGUGUGGGAAAGGGUUCAUUGUACCCAAAGCACUAAAGACACACCAACAGAAACAUAUGAAAGAGACUACCGUCUAGUUUGACGGGAGAUUGGAAAAGACUGUCUUGAUGUGAUUCCUCACUCCACUCUCCUCUCAACUGCAAUAGAGGAGACGUUCCGAGGUCCCUCCUCUCUGACUUUAUUCUCCAUUUUGAGGAGGAGACGAAGAGAAAGAGGAAUCGGGGAAUGAUGAAUUGAGAAAUAGUCAAGGCCUGCUGGUGGUUUUACCUGCUGCUCCCAUUGAGGACAUGUUUUGUUUUUUUUUCAAAAUAAAAGUCCCCCCCUACAUGCAU